AUGGCGGAGCGAAACCCACUGGUUGCUGGUGGCACGCACAAGGGGUUGUCUUCGCACCCCGACACCUUCCUCACCCACACUCUCCCGGUAAUUUACGAAAAUACCACCGUCGUCGCGGCGACCCAUCCCACGGUCCAAACCGGCGACCAGAAAAAGGAUGGAUGGUUUCUAUCCGAUUUCUACGCUCUCAACUACCUGCUCAACGGCUCUGUCGCGGAUCAAACCUGGCUCACAGCUGCCAAGCCAGAGAGGCUGCUGGAGAAGCACGGUGACUUUCUCCAUGGUCACCCUCAUUGAGACCGCAAGGUCGUCUUGAGUCGUGACCUCCUCGGCUCAGACAUCAUCCCAGUGACCCUUGUCGAGCCUGCGAAGAUGAUCGACAGGUUUCUCGAUGAGGUCAGCAAAGCGUCGCUCCGCGCCAAGAAGGCCGGAUCUCCCCUUCUUCUCAUCGUAUUCUGCCACGGAGUUGAGGGCUAUUACCUAUGCCUCGAUAAUAGCGACCGACGCAGGGGUCUCGGCAUCGUACGCCUCAAAGCAGCCUUGGAGCCGGGUAUAUCAGUUACCCUAUUCACAACAGCCUGUUUCUCUGGAGGCUGGGCCAUCACCCCCGAGCUGAAUAUCACAACACUGGCUGCCGCAAAGCCUGAUAAUGAAUCAUUCUCGUGGCCAGUGUCAAAUAGCAUAGGGCGAGCUUGCGGAUCUGUAUUUGCUGGAGCUACUAUCUCAGCACUCUCAGAUGCUUCCACACCGCUACUUGGACACAGCAGCGCGGAAGAACAGGGCAGCCGUUCGGAAAUCCCAGGUACAGACGACACCUGCCUCCAACCUGAGGAGCCUACCGAGUUGCAGACAAAGACAUAUAACGAGUUUUGUCGUGCGGUUACUAAUGUGGUUGGAGCUUGGGGGUUCUCUCGCCUUCUAUAUAACGGCUUCCGUUUCAGCGCGCAGAAUGACGAUUGGGAGUUUUCUUGGACCUAGGCAGCCGGGCACCGACGAUGAUACUAUGGCUGCUGUCCAUCUCACUGGCGGCGUUGAUGCUGACGCCAUCAUCGAUGAAAUGACGCGUGCAAUGGUACACUCACGAACAACCAACAUGGCAAGGCUAUUCUUUGACAAGCUUUGCCCUGGUGAUUGGAACCGAGGACAGAAUGUCGCCGUCGCGGGUGGGUUCUUUCAAUUUCUUCACGGCGACCCUGACGCACCGUCUGCUUCCGAAAUCGUCAAUAUCAUCUCCUUCCGGUGGGACACUCUGGAGGAUGAUGAGGCUCUAAGCGAAAAGUAUGGCAGUGAGGAAUGGGGGGCACGCUAUUCCCCGGUAUGGCAGGCAUUGUUGGAAGGUGGCGCCAA